GUACAAUACCUUGAGGCGCUGGCAACACUAACGCUUGCGGCACUUGCGAUUCCAGAUAGUUCCAUCUUCUCUUGGCUUUGGCUUCCGCUACGUUAACAUGAGCAAGCCUCAGAGACUCCUGAGCGCCCAAGGCCAGAGCAUGAUGCAGGAGGGAGGUCGUCAGCAACGCCCCCCUCUUCCUUCGCACACCAAAUUCGAGGGCUUGGACCCCGCCCCUCCUCCGCCGCCCAUUGACAAGCCCCUCGCUGUGGUGGACGACGAAGGACCCGCCGAGUACAUCGACACGGCCACGGGGAAAAGGACAACGGAGCCAAAGCCAUGCUGCGGUUGCAGGACGUGCGAUUUCCGCUUCCCUCUGGAGAUGGACGAAGAAACAUCAAAAGUCUACCGCGAAGCAAAGUACUGCGGUCUCUCCUACACGUUCAUUUCCUCGUGGUGUCUGAUGCUGGUGUUCGGGACCGUGGCCGCUGGGGGUAUCGUGGCCGUGGGGUUCUUAGAUCCCAAGAUGCUACAGUACCAGAUCGUCGGUAUCAUCCUGGCGAUCGUCUUCGGAGUGGGCUUACCGGUAUUCAUCGUAUUUUGGGUCUGCGUGCAGAGGGAGGCCCGAGAUAUUCGUCGCCAGUACCGGGUCAUGAAGAAUAAGGAACAAGUCUACAAGGAAGAGAACAACGCGCUCACCGAUGACAUGAAGAAAAAGAACAACCAGAAAGACGAGGAAGAGAAGGAAGUAGAGAAGAACAAGAAUGACAUAAAGGUUGAUGUUGAGAGUCCCAGGACACCUGGGGCUGCCAAGAGAGGGCACAUCGACGAAGAGAUGUUGGCUUUAAUAGAAGCUGUGACAACGAAGAAGAAUGUGGUUCUGGGUAAAUCAGAUAACAGAAUAAUCGCACAAGUGAAAAAUAACGCCUAG